AACACUGAAAUCUAUUGCUCUGCGACUCCGGCAGUGGGAGCUACGUGUAACAGUGAGUGAAAAUGGCUGAAAGGAAGAGCAACGUCCCCAAUUCCAGCGCUAACCUGCUGUUUUCUACAGCCCCGGAGUUUAACUUCAACCUGCCGUUUAUUCCUGUCAGCCAGGCGAGCGGCCCUGCUGUGCUGUCCGGAGAUGAUGCAAGUGAAGUCGGAGAAGAAGACAGUUUCCUUGGUCAGACCUCAUCUACCGCUCCUCAGACCUCAACGUUCAACUAUUUUUCUAGCUCUGCAAACAGUAGUGACCCAUUUGCUUCAAUAGGCCACCAGCAAAGCCUGCCCCCUGCACCUGCAGUUGUCUCAACAACUGGUCCCUCCCCUGUUUCCAGUGCUGCGAGCCUGCCAACAAACCCUCCAAUUUCCCAUGUUAAUCCUACUCAGCAAUAUGGUAGUGCAGUUUACCAGAGUCCCAUGGGCAGACACACUCCUCCACCCAACACGGCAAUGCCUCCACCUCCCCAGACCACCCAGCAAAGCUAUAAUCCGUAUCGUCACACAGCCUCAAGUAGCAAAGCAAGCCCUUAUCUCAUGGCUCCUGAGCUACAGCAGCAACCUCCCAAUCAGUCACCUCAGCAUUUCAACCCCUACACACAGGCCAUGCCAACUCCUACGUUCCAAACAGCUCCUCCAACGCUUGCUAAGCCUCCCCUUACGCAGACUCCACCACCACCACCUAUGUCGGGACCCAGCAUGGCUGGACCUGUGGUUCCAGCCAACCCCAUGAUGCAAUACUCUUAUAAUGUCUAUGAGCCUGUCCAGCCUCACUGGUUUUAUUGCAAACAAGUGGAGGCCAAGAAGGUGUGGCUUCCCUUCAGCAUUCUGGAUUCCCUUCGACUGGAGGAGACAUUCAAUUCUAUCCAGCCAGAUCCAGAGAAUGUGAUCAUCUGUACUGACGGUGGGCGCUAUGAUGUGCAGCUAUAUGACCGCACUCGAACUUCUGUGUACUGGGAGGAGGAGCCAACUGAGGUGCGGCGCUGUACCUGGUUUUACAAAGGAGAUGCGGACAGUCGCUUUAUCCCCUAUUCUGAGGAGUUCAGUGACAAACUGGAGGCAGAAUAUAAGAAAGCUGUAUCUACUAAUCAGUGGCAUCGCAGACUGGAAUUUCCUUCAGGAGAAACAAUUGUCAUGCACAAUCCAAAGGUAAUUGUGCAGUUUCAACCUUCAGCCAUGCCUGAUGAGUGGGGAACAACACAGGAUGGUCAGACAAGGCCCAGAGUUGUGAAGAGGGGUGUGGAUGACGACCAUGAUGAAGUCCCUGAUGGUGAGAUGCCGCAAGUGGACCAUCUGGUGUUUAUGGUACAUGGCAUCGGCCCAGUGUGUGAUCUGCGAUUCAGAAGCAUGGUGGAGUGUGUGGAUGAUUUUCGCACUGUUUCCCUCAAGCUGCUGCAGAGUCAUUUUAAGAAAGCCCAAGAUGAGCGCAUAAUCAGUCGUGUGGAGUUUCUGCCUGUGCAUUGGCACACGGCCCUUCAUGGAGAUGCUACUGGAGUGGACAGGCGAAUAAAGAAGAUCACUCUGCCCAGCACAGGUCGACUGCGACACUUUACCAAUGAAACCCUCUUAGAUGUGCUAUUCUACAACAGCCCGACCUACUGCCAGACUAUUAUGGAUACCGUGGCUUCUGAGAUUAACCGGCUGCAUGCACUUUUCAUGCAGAGAAACCCAGACUUCAAGGGUGCCGUGUCUGUGGCUGGACACAGCUUAGGUUCUUUGAUUCUUUUUGACUUGUUGUCUAAUCAGAAGAAUGGCCCUUCUUCUUCUGACUCAACUCCAAAUGGAAAUGUUCAACCUGAAGUGAAAGAGAUUAGUCCUCCUGUCUCCCAGGCCUUUGAGGCCUUCAGUCCAGCUCCUGCAGAGGAGACGAGUGAGGAGGAGACAGCCGACCUGUCAUCUGUUCUGGAGGACCUGGGCCUGUCUGAAUACCUCAGCACUUUUGAACAGGAGAAGAUUGAUGUUGAGUCUCUGCUUAUGUGCACAGUGGAUGAUCUGAAAGAAAUGGGCAUUCCUUUGGGGCCACGCAAGAAGUUUGCCAAGUUUGUGAAAGAGAAAGCAGCAAAGCAGGCUGCACAACAGGCUGCACCAGAGAAAACUGUGACGAAAGAGGAAAUUAAAGAAGUUUCAGCCCCUCAGCAAGCUGGAUCAGUCACAGAUGUUGCUAGAAUCAAAGUUCCGGUUGGCAGGACCAUGUCCUCCAUUCAUGUGGACUACAAUUGCUUUGAAAUUGGCACUGGGCAGGUGUCUGUGGUGUACCACACUCUGGAUUUUGAGCCUAGGAACUUUUUUGCUCUUGGCUCUCCCAUUGGGAUGUUUCUGACAGUGCGAGGUGUGGAGAGGAUUGAGGAGAAUUACCGCUUACCCACCUGCAAAGGCUUCUUCAACAUUUACCAUCCAUUGGAUCCAGUGGCAUACAGGAUUGAGCCUAUGAUCCUACCAGAUGUAGAACUGGAUCCGGUUUUGAUUCCACAUCAUAAAGGAAGGAAGAGGCUACAUCUUGAAUUAAAGGAGAGUCUCUCCAGGAUGGGUUCGGAUCUGAAGCAUGGUUUUAUCAGCUCUCUGAAGAGUGCCUGGCAGACACUGAACGACUUCGCUCGUGCUCAUACCUCCUCCAUUCAGCUGCACGAACAGCUGGCUAUGGUGGCCAGUCAGAUCAAAGCAGAAGAGGAGAACCAAACAGAUGAAGAUGACAGUAAGCUAGUAGUGGACAGUCCUGAACUCCUGAAAGAGGAGGAGACUCAGGUGAAGGUAGGCAUGCUGAACGGAGGGAAUCGCAUAGAUUACGUCCUGCAAGAGAAGCCCAUUGAGAGCUUCAAUGAAUACCUCUUUGCUCUCCAGAGCCACCUGUGUUACUGGGAAUCCGAGGACACAGCUUUGCUCAUCCUCAAAGAGAUUUAUAAGAGUAUGGACAUACGCCCUGAACAGACCAUGCACUAACAUGAUGCGUCACAGAAAGAUAAAAAAAAAAAUCAUUCAUAAAUUCAUCCAUGAAAUUCAUACAGUUCCUAGUGCUCUACAAGGGCCUGUCUUUGCAGUUGAAUCACUUUCUUUCAUUUUAUUUUCUUUAUUUUUCUAUUCUUGUAGUUUCUUGUAUAAAUAUGAAUACAUAAAGUAUUAUUCAAUAUGUCUUAAAUUAAGAAAUUAAAAUUAAAUAGUGGAUUUACACACCACCUUACAUCUGUAUUUUACAGUGCUAUGGAAGUUUAAGUGCAGCUGAUCAGAUUUUAUGAAUUAUAGUACUAACCGAAACAAUGGCUUUGGUUAAGAAAGAUUCUAUUCCUUUUUAGAUCACUAACAGCAACAAGUCACACAAUAAACUGAAUUAGAACCA